GAAGCAUAUAUAAAUAUAUAUUUACACAGGAGCAAAGGACUGCCACUCCAGGAAAGCAGAAAUCAAAUCACAGUUAUAUACACAUCACUGGGCUAAUCUGCUUUAAUAAGAGACAUGGAUGCAAACCGUGAAUUCUGGGCUGGAUUCAUCGAUCUCUACCAGGCCAAUGAGUGCUUGUGGCGUGUGGGAACAAGGGAUUACGCCAACAGAGGAAAGAAAAAUCUGGCAUACCAGCAAUUGGCCAGGUACAGCCUUACCCAAGAUAGUGGUGCCGACAUCAAGUGGGUGAAGAGGAAGAUCCAGAAUCUGAGGACAGUAUUUCUUAAGGAGCACAGGAAAUACAAAGAUUCCCAACGUUCAGGAGCGGGGUCAGAUCAAGUCAAGAAGCCAACAUUAUGGUAUUAUGACUUGAUGAAGUUCGUAUUGGAUGAGGAACCUUCGAGGACAGCGCGGAGCACGGAGGAGCCGAACACGCCCGAGAUGUUCGAGCCUGAGGAAGAGGAGAGUGUGGAUCCGCUGUCUUCGAGGGAGCUGGACGUGGAACCUGCAGUGGAUGAGCCGGCAGACCAAGCCACUGUAAGGCCGGAGCUGGAGGAGAGUGAGGCGGCGAUGGGAACACCCCAGCUUCCGGCUAGAAGGAGAUGCCGGCCAGCUAUCCCUAGAAGAUCUGUUUCGUCCAGCAGGUCAGAUACAAUUCUGAGGCAGGCAGAGGAGGUCCUAAAAAACAGACCGGAUAGAUUUGAAGCUAUUGGAGACCAUUUAGCAUGUGAGUUGCGGGAGAUGAACCCCACUCAGCAAAAAUACGCCCAGCGUCUGGUAUAUGCCAUUAUAUCACAUGGCCAGGAUGAUGAAUUGACCAACCACAGUGGCGUUGUGUUAGAUACCAGACAGGUGCCUAGUACAUCUUGUCACGACCCUCAAAGGGGUCCAGAGGUUCUUAGGGUUCGCCAAUUAUUACCGAAAACUCCAGUUACCUCCCUUCUUAAAAAUACCCAGGACAUUCCAUGUUUCCCUAUUGAAACCACUAAUCUUGAAUCGGUUUCAUUCCUCACUUCCACCAACUCCGAAAGUCCAAACUCAACGAGGCGUUGA